CGGCAGUGUCCCCGGGGUCACGUGUGCCUCUUUUGCUUGGUUGAAUUUAUGAACUAUAUUUAUGAGUUAUAAGAUGGAUUCUGAUUUUUGAGAAUUAGGCUGAGAGGAAUGACGCUGUCCCGGGAAAGUGAUAUAGACUGGCAGGGUUGCAAAACUGCCUCACAACAGGUCCUUGAGCACCUGCAGAAGCUGAACGUGACUAAGGUGGAAAAAAGUUUAACUAUUUCACUUCCUCAGCGAAUUGAAUGCAACGAUCACUGUGAUCCAGAUUCCCUGGGAAAGAAUAGCAUGCUAUGUCUGGUGAAGAUUCAUCGGGCCCUUCAACGUUAUCAGGAACUUCUGACACAGUAUUCAAAAUCAGAUACUACUACUGGGCUACGAACUGCUGUGACUAAUUUGUUGCAGUUCCUUCCAAAGGUAAAGUAUGUUUAUGAGGCAAAGGGAACAGAUUACAGGGACAUUGCAACAAUGCAAUAUGAAAGCAGAAGUCGAGCCGAAGAAAUACAAGCAUGGGAGGAAUCGCAUGUGGUGGAUGUCAUCUUACAGCGCCUACAGUUGUUUGCAAUUUUGAUGGCACGGGUCUUUGCCCACUGUGCAGCAUUGAAUAAGAAUGUAACUCUCUGAGCUAGAAUAAUGCCAGGGUGGGAGGGAGAAUAUUUCAUUACAAACCUUCAUGUACUUCCACAUUAUCCAGAAGAUACAAUUCAUUGCCUGGGAAUGCAAAAAUCAACGAGACAAGAAUAGUUGGGGGAGGGUGACCUGGGAGAAACAAGGUGUGUCAUUAUGUGCUCUUAUUUAUUUAAUAUACUUAUUUAAUGUAUUUAUUUUUAUUUAUAUGGCUCAAUUCCUGUUGAGCACGGCUGUGCUAGUGACCAAGAAUGAUAGGAAAACUUAAGGGCCAACUGUUAAUAUCAAAAGUGGGGAUCAUUCAAGAAUCUCUCACUUUCAUUUACAAUGUAAAAUGUUAUGUUCAUCCUCUUUUGAGGGAUUAUGAGAACAGUGUUUUGUAUGACCGACUGCAAUAAAAAAUCUGCAUUUGUGUUAUUGAAAUGUAUUGAACAGUUCCAUAAAUGGUAAAAGGACACAGAGGUGAGACUUCUCCCUCCCCUCUAGUAUCCUACAGGGACAGGGCAGAAUGCUGUGUGAACUCAUACAGUACUGGGAUGAUGGGAGCUAUGGGGGCAUCAUUGGUAGAGGGCCUAGAAUCCCACUACAUUUUCCUGGAACCUUCCCUUUCCCUGGUGGUGUCCCACAUUAACACUUCCAUUUCAACGUUUUAUAGUAAAUCAGAAUUUGCCAAACUUUGCGAGGAUUGU